CAACAUUUCGAAAGACACCGGCAAUCCAAGGCUUUAUCUGUACUUCGAUUUCGACAUUUAAUUCAUUAGACUUCACCAGUUUGGACGGGCCACUAGCUGUUCUGUUCUUCGUUCGGAUUCACUUGUCGUCGCUAGCGGUCCCGCUGUCCGAUUCUGCGGUGAAAUAUUUCGUCAAAGCUUCGCCCGCGACAAGACAACCCUAAUCCUCUUCCUAUCUGCAGAAUCCCGACUCCCAGGAUUGAUCUCAAGAACAAGGUUUCCCGUCAGCCUCGACCUCCAUUUCUAGUCUGCCUCGACGACUCAUCGCUUAUACUCACCGAGUCCAGAGCUCUGUGUUCUUCUUACAUCCACGCGACAUCAAAUCCCCCACUUCGAGGCGGGGUUGCGAUACCCAGAAGCUGGGACCUCCGCAGAUAAUCACAACUUCGAAUUCGAACCCAUCUUCUGUCUCGUAGCAUGCUCAGUCAAGGUGGUCCGAGAAUGCCUUCUGAAUAUCGACAUAUGAGCUCGACUUCGCUCAAUAUCCCCCCACCGACGGCGCUGAACGGAAACGGUGCUCCACCGCCCGUAGGAGGUGCAGCAGGUAUGGGUAGAUUCGAGGGUCCAAGAAGUCCUCCGGGACGACAGAACACUUCACACGUCCCAUGCAAGUUCUUCCGGCAAGGCGCAUGCCAGGCUGGAGCUGCUUGUCCUUUCAGUCAUGACCUCGCCAGUACCACGGAUAAUGUGUGCAAGUACUUCGCAAAGGGUAACUGCAAAUUCGGCCCCAAAUGCGCAAACGUGCAUGUCCUGCCUGACGGUCGACGAGUCAACUACAAACACGGAGGCCCGAUGGGCGGUGGACAUCUGAACAUUGGUGGCAGACUCAGUACCGCCGAUUUAUACCAUCCUCCGACCUCUGCCUUGACGAAUUCGAUUAAUCGUGCUAAUGUUAUCCCACCAUCGCCGUACGGCCAGUACUCUCCUUUCCAAAACCAAGAAGAUUCCUUCCCACCUCUGGUUGGACGUCAACAAAGUAUCGAUAUUACUGUACCAACAAUUGAUACAAGUUACGCCUCCCACCCUACAUCGAACUAUGGUUCACCGCGAGAUGAGGAUAUCAACCGUUUUGGUCUGGGUUUGUCACCAGUAGCUGCGAAGGGUCUGAGUGUCUUGGAUGCUCCUCUACCAGCCUCCUUUGAUAGUAAUGGUGUAUCGUGGAUCGCAAGAAAUGGCCCUAUCGCUUCCUCUGUCCCAGCAAAAUUCGGCCUCGAAUCACCGCCAGGAUCUCUAGGAGCAGCAAAGGACGGCAGAACUUCGGAAGCACUGAAGAGCUUGCAUAGUUCGGCUUUCGGUGACGAUACUCGAGACCGAUUCAAUGGUAUUGCAGCUUCACCACCUGCCCCUCCGGCCGACGAGUAUUUUGGAAAGAGAGUUAUGCAUUCCCAGCGAUUUGCGAAGUCAAAGGUUAUGUCAGCAAGCUUGCCAAAGGCCGUCGAUCAAGAUUGGGAGGCCCAAUUUACAUUCGAGGAAGAUUAUCUACCAGAGACUCUCAAGGAUUUGAUGACACCUCAAGAAAAGGCCCGAAGAGGAUCUCGAAAUGCGGAUGAGGAAGGUCGACCAAUCCAUAGCGGAACAGGUACUCCCAACAACGAAUCAAGCAAGUUCGGUUCGCCAUCCAAUGCCAGUCCUUCGAGAUGGAGCCCGUUCUUCCAACGCCAUCAAAAGGAAGAGGAAGACCGUGCUCGCGCAUCAGCUUUCGGUCAUGUUGGUUCUCCACUUCGCAAUUCAACUCUCCAUCCUGGUGCUAGUCCGAGCUCGCGACCUAUCGGUAGAUCAAGUGCUUCUGGUGAUUCAUCACCUUACCUUGCUUCACCUCCUCGCCAAAGCUCUAUUGGUCUCCUCUCUCAGAACUUCAAGCGCGCUUCACUUUCCAGCGGAGAAGUUGGUUCGUACCCACGAGCAUCAAGCAACCCCAUUGGUCCUACUUCGAGACUGGCUGGUGAAAGACAAGUCAGCUCGAGCAGUAUUGGCAAUGGUAGCGGUCGCUUCACAACACCAAUUGACGAAGAGCAAGGCGACUUUGUCUUCAGCAUGGAAGGCAUGGAAGAUGUAGAUGAGAAGAAGGGCGAAAAGAGAAAUAGCGGCGGCUGGUCCUACCCAACAACCACUCGCAGUCCACAUCUCGGCGUGAACGGCAGCACUAGAAAUGGUACAUCAAACGGCAAUGGAGUUGAUGGAAUGUUUGGACCACGAUGAGGCGGCACAUAGUCCCUUUCACGACCUCACGACUCUCCUCUAUCACUGAAUACCCCAUUCAAAAAUUCAAAAUCUUCUUUGCCAAACAAAAAUAUUCUCCGACCAUAACGAAAAGACGCAUUUCAGCACGCAUACAUUAUCGGUAUACCAAAGUACAGUACAAGCACAAAUUCCCCCAAAUUUCGCC